UCGGCACACUCCGCAUUUACACUUGGCGAUGGAAGAGUCCCCGACGUACGCCACUGAAGCAUGCUGGACUUGUCGCCGCCGUCGCUGGAAAUGUGAUCGGCUGCUGCCUGCAUGCCGCAAGUGCGACAUUAUACAGGAGCAGUGUGCAGGGUACGGCAAGGAACGGCCCCUACGGUGGACAAAUAGCGUGGCUAGUCGGGGUAAGCUGAUGGGGAAAACUGUGCCAAGCGCCGCGUGCCCAAUCUCAAUCGGGCGCCUGCUAAUCGAUCCCGGUUUGCAAGACCUGACUCCACCGAUGCGCGAGUAUAUCGCAUACUUCGAGCAAAAUUGCAGCCCGGAAUGUGUGAUAUAUGAUCUGGGAGCAACUAAUCCAUUCAAAGAACUGAUGAGCUUAAUUCCAUCUAGUCGGGGGCUGUGUCAUAUCAUGGUGUCAAUUGCUGCGCUGCACCGGACCCAACGGAAGUUAAAUAACAGGCGAUUAACCGUGGAUGAUCAGGUUUGUCAGGGACCAGGCGCGAAAGGAUCAAGAGAAUCUGCCAGGUACUAUGAGUACCUGUACCACAAACAGAAGGCUCUGUAUCUACUGAGGACGAAGUGCCAAGAAGGUCCAUCCCAAGAUCCUUACGGAAUUAUUGCUUCGGUUGUUUUAUUCAUUUGGCUGGAAUGUCUGGAAUGCGGGAGAGACACUUGGGCAUAUCAUCUCAACGGAUUGAGGGAGAUUAUGCUGGCCCAAAGCCUGUCAAUAAAUUUCGUGCAGUCGACGAGCUUAACCGCUGCGUUUUCCCGAUUCUAUGAAUAUUUUGACACGAGCUAUGCCGUCUUUGAAAUCCUCGGGUCGACCUUGGUAAAAACCAAGCAGCAAUAUAGGCCGCUGUUCACUUCAAUACCGACUAUUGACAUCCUGAAGCGCUCCGAGUUUCUAACAUGGACUGGCUGUCCGGCAGAAAUCCUUUACGUAGUGUCAGUUGUGAACUCCGUUUCCUCAGACCCGACCAGGUCGACACCGAAUCUCAUUAAUUAUCUUUUCGCUCAAGCGGAGUCUUUCUCCCCUCAGAAAUGGGCUCUGUCAUGUCCGACCUUCGCGCAUAUAACCCCUCGCUAUCAUGUUGCGUGCAUCUACAAAGCAGCCGCUCUGAUCUACAUGUUCCAGGUAUUUUUCCACAGACCCCAGCAGCGCCAUCUACUGGAGUCGGCAGGCGUGGGCACACUAGACGCCACGAUCGCGCAUUUCACCUCGAUCAAUACGGAGGACACCCACUUUAAAGGGAUUCUUUGGCCUGCGUUUAUUAUUGGUGCCGAGGCACGGACUGAGCACCAGCGAGCAGUGAUUAGGGAAGUGUUUGAUCAUCUGUGGGGCUUUUGGCGCGCUCAAAAUGUGAGACACGCAUUGGAGGUACUUAACAAGAUUUGGGCGCGACAGCAGAUUACCCCGGAUGGAGCAUCCCAGCCCUGGAUUGAGUACCUGUACGAACAGGGAGAAAAUUGGAUGUUUGUGUAGCUAGCUUCCUCUAUUUGGAGGGUGUCCAGAC